AUGUCGUUGAAUACCGAUGAUUCCGGUCGGAUAAGGACCCGGCAGCGCGCGAAAAGAGCGUGCGAAACGUGCAAACUGCGCAAGCGGAAAUGUGACGGCCAUGAGCCCUGCACUUACUGCUUGCGAUACGAAUAUCAGUGCACUUUCAAACCUCAUCCACGGAGAAAGCCAGCCGCUUCCAGAUCUUCUGCAAGGCCCAGCGAGGAAGAAGACUCACCAAAAGUUUCCGACAGAGUUGAUGCUAAUCAAGAACAUAUGGAAGCCAACUCUGGCACUGCUUUCCCCCAUCUCCUGGGGAUGAGGUUGAAUCCGCAGGGUGCCCCCAAGGUAUACGGGUUUAGCUGGAAUCUAGGACCACGGGAUGAGCCUCUGGAGCCCUUCGCGAAUCUUACAAAUCUGCUUUCAAGAGAGGAGAUGGAAGACUUGGCCAGCCAUUAUUUAAAGAAGAUACAUCCAGUGUAUGCGGUCCUGGACCCCGACACAUUAAGGCAAAAGAUUGUUGCCCGAUGGCAUGAUCCUGCAACUGUGGCCAGCUAUGACCCCAUUCUCUGCGGCGUCGCGGCAUUGGGCUCGUUGUACUCAGGCCAUCAGGAACACCCGAAGGAAGGAGCGCUGGUGCAGUCUGCAAAGGAGAUGCUCGAAACCACCCGGAUCUCAAAGACCACCCUCCUGCAUCAUGCCACCGCCUGGAUCUUACGGACCAUAUAUCUCCGAAGCACCAACUGCCCCCAUGCCUCGUGGAUGGCCAGUUGUUCCACCAUGCACAUCAUAGAGGCUAUCGGGGCUCACCAAGAUCCAGAGCUGGUGUCUUUGGUUUAUUCUGACACCGCAGACGUUAGCGUAAAUGACGAGAGUCAACGCCGGCUGUUCUGGGUAGCCACUGUGUUAAAUUCAUGGAUCUCGUAUGAAUAUGGUCGGUCACGCGUUAUUCUACGAGGUGUCUCCUGCAAGCCACCUUUACCGCGAACGGGCGACUUCACCACGGACCUCAUCUCCAUGUACCAGAUCUCCGAACGACUGGAUCCCGAUCAGAACAAUAAGCUUUCAGACCUAGAAGAUGCACUCAGCCGUGUUGAGCGUCUCACACUUUCCCAUGACGCCUUGAUACUAUCCCAAAGUAAUCUGGCACUCACUAUUUAUCGUCGUUUGCGAGUCGCUUCGUCGAAUAUGUCGAAUGACAUUCUCACCCGCAUUAUCCGGCUAGGCAAUGACGGCCUUGAGGCUGCGGUACGCCUGGCGCAGGAUCGUUGUCCUUGGUGGCAUGUCGCCAAUAUACCCUUUCAGUUCCUCUGUAUCUUGCUUGCUAUUGACACUAGGGAAUCACUGUCGUACGUGGGUCCGGCACUGCGCUCAUUCAGGGCCAUCACCAGUCAUUACAGCACCCCAACCCUACACACCGCACUUGAGACUAUAGAAUCAUUGGUUCGCCUCUCCCAGAACAAGAAAGAACGGGACUUGAUUCUUCUCAGAGAUAGUAUGCAACAAGAAAACUCGGGGCUAACCGAACAAAGUUCAACAACAUCCCAAGCUUUCAACGACGCAUCUUGGCUGGGAGCGACCGGUGAUCUGACCUUACCAGAUAACUUUGACUGGGAUUGGAAUGUAUUCUUGGAUACCCAGGUUCCAUUCUUCGACGAGGGUGAAUACGGUGCUCAGAGAUAUAGAUAA